AUGAAGAGCGUCCCCAAGGCCCUCCCGCUCCUCAUGGUUUUCAUGCUCAGUCUCCACCUGGGAGCCACUGUUCGGAGCAGUGAUGUGGCCAGGUUCUGCUGUUUCCAGUUCAGCGACCAGAUCAUCCCCCGGAAUCUGGUGCGCACCUACCAGUUCACGCAGAGCAGCUGUUCUCAUCAGGCUGUGAUAUUCACCACCAAGAAGAACCGGAAGAUCUGUGUGGACCCAAAGAAGAAGUGGGUACAGGCAUAUAUCACUUUCCUGAAGGCCCAGCAACAAUCCUGA